GAAAAAAAAAAAAAGUUUGUCCAAAGUUGAAGGGGCGGGGUGUGUCGCCCUCUGCCUGUUGAGAUCAUGCGUGUUCCCUCAGUCAUCAUCCAUAAAGCAGCUGAGGAUGAAACGACUGGAGGGGACCCCGGGCACGGACAAGACAGAAAACACUCAGAGGACACGCUCGAGAUGUUUGAUAUGAAAGUACGGCUGAGAGCAGAGAGUAGGGAGGAGAACUGAAUUCAAAGUGACUUCUGAGGUGACAUUCGACCCAGACGCAAGACAGACAGACAUCGGGUGUGUUUGUGUGUGCGCCCCUGAGCGCGCGUCUCCUCCAGCAUCCGGCAGGAGGAAAAGGAGAGAGAGGGAGGCAACGCGACAGAGAGAAGGGAAGAGGGAGCAGCAGCAGCACCACCACCAGCAGUCUGACUAAGCUGCACUCCUUCGAAGUUUGACAUCUCCAGCGGGCUGCACAGGGAGUUCUGCUCCGCCGCUGUCAUGGAGCCUCGGAAGCGCACUGGAUUUAUAUUGGUUGGAGUUUACCUGUGGGCGACAUUCUGCUGUCAAGGUUGUCACGGGGGCAUGUACCAGAGGAAGCUGUACCAUGACCUAAUGGUGAACUACAAUCGACUGGAGAGACCAGUCCAAAAUGACUCAGCACCCAUCGUUGUGGAUCUUGGCCUCACGUUGUUACAGAUUAUUGACGUGGAUGAAAAGAACCAAGUGUUGAUCACAAAUGCCUGGCUGCAGAUGUACUGGACAGACAUUUACCUCUCGUGGAAUCCAGAGAACUACCCCGGGGUUCAGAACCUCCGCUUCCCUUCUAACCUCAUAUGGGUCCCAGAUGUCCUCCUCUACAACAGUGCUGAUGAGAGGUUUGAUGCUACGUUCCACACAAAUGUCCUAGUUAAUGCUUCAGGAUCCUGCCAGUACCUCCCACCAGGUAUCUUGAAGAGUACCUGCUACAUCGAUGUACGGUGGUUCCCAUUCGACGUGCAGAAGUGUGACCUGAAGUUUGGCUCCUGGACCCACAACGGAUGGCUGCUGGACCUCCAGAUGAUGGAUGUGGACAUCUCUACCUACAUACCUAAUGGGGAGUGGGACCUUGUAGGUGUACCGGCAAAACGUAAUGAGCUGUACUACGACUGCUGUAAGGAGCCUUACCCUGAUGUGACGUUCACAGUCACGAUGCGGCGCAGGACUCUAUACUACGGUCUCAACCUGCUCAUCCCCUGUGUGCUCAUCUCUGGUCUGGCCCUGCUGGUCUUUCUGCUCCCUGCCGACUCUGGAGAAAAGAUCUCACUGGGCAUAACGGUGCUGCUGUCUCUAACAGUGUUCAUGUUACUGGUAGCAGAGAUCAUGCCUGCCACGUCAGACUCAGUUCCUCUGAUUGCUCAGUACUUUGCUAGCACCAUGAUGAUUGUGGGCUUGUCUGUUGUGGUGACCGUCCUGGUUCUACAGUUCCACCACCAUGAUCCCCAUGGAGGGAAGAUGCCUAAAUGGGUACGAGUCAUUCUCCUCAACUGGUGUGCUUGGUUCCUCCGCAUGAAGAAGCCUGGAGAAGAAAGGAAACCCACUGUGAGUUCGAGCAGCCCCCUGACUUACAAGUAUUCCCAUUCGCCUCCUCACCAUAUGAGCACCAGCAGCAUUCAGAUGAGCACCAUACCGGGCCAGGGGUCAACCCAGUCAACUACGACCAAUGGAAACAUGAACCUGUACUUUAGCUACCACUCAAUGGGCACAGACAACCCCGCCUUUCCACAGAGCAACGAUUCGAGCGUGGUGGUGGGCGGCACCGGCUCCUCCCAGCACGACAUCCACUCAGACCAGACACGGACCUUGCUGUUGGAGCAGGUUCCUGAAAUUUCCCGUAUCCUGGAGGAAGUACAGUACAUUGCGAGGCGUUUCCGGGAUCAGGACGAGGGGGAGGCUAUCUGCAGCGAGUGGAAAUUUGCUGCGGCAGUCGUGGACCGGUUAUGCCUGGUGGCGUUCUCACUCUUCUCCAUCAUCUGCACCUUCACCAUCCUCAUGUCAGCUCCCAAUUUCAUUGAGGCGGUGUCCAAAGAUUUCACAUAAGACCGAUCGCAUCCCACCAUGAUAGGAAGAAGAUCAGCAGAAAAAAAUGCUGAGACGAUUACAUCUGUUCUACACACGCCUCCUUAUUCCUACUAUGGUCAAGCUACCCAAGUAAUUUUUAAAAUUCUUGUAUGUGAGUAGCAAACGUUGCGUCCCAUCUUAGUAUAUUUGUAAGUAUAUAUUGUUGGAGUGAUGUGGUUUUUUCCCUUUUUAAGGUGGCUCUCGUAGCUAACACCAUACGUACAGUGUGCCACGUUAGGAGGCUGAAGCUACACACAAUAGUUAAUGAUGUAGAAGCUCACACUAAUGCACUUUUCAUCUGUAUCCCUGCAGCACGGUAUCAUUUAUGUUCAUUCACUUCAGAAUAUCCCUGGCAAUCCUCGGUACUAAUUUAAACAUUUUCAUAUGCUUUCUUUACUGUGUAUCAAAAGUCAAACUCAGCAGUUGCAUACAGUCCGGUCAGUAGAGUAGUUUAAGGCUUUUAUUGUAGUAAUGAAUAUUAAAUAAAACUACGUUUUACAGUGUAAUAUGGUUAAACUCAGAUUUAAACAGUUUUAUUAAGUUAGUGAAUUUACGUAGUGUUCCUGACUCAGAGCUGACUGUUUUAAUUCUCCACAGUCUGAGGUGACUUUCAUAGUUUCAUGUGUCCAGCAGUGCGUAACAAAGGCAAAUAAUUACUUUUAACAUCUAACAUAUCUCCUUCUUUGUCCGCAUACUGUAUGAAGUCAUUGAGUGCUCUUCAGUCACGUCGUUCCUGCCUUUUUUUUCUCAUUAUUUGAUCUUUUUGUUUUUUCACCAAUCUCAAUCCCUCAUUGCACAACUCCAACAAGUUAUAUAUCCGCAUAUGUGACUCAGAGUGAGUUUUUAUUGGUAUAAGUAAAGGCCAUACUUAAUUUUCACAGCUUUGCUCUUUUCAAGUCAGUUCAUUAAACUGUAAAGUAAUUCCAGAAGGCUCUCAAAUCUUUUCUCUUUGCCUUAUCCCUUGUUGUCAACAUAUGAUACACUGUUUUCACACUGUGUUUGUAUGAUUUGUGUAUAGUUACAAUGCGUUGCUGAUUUCUGAAAAAAAAAAAAGAAAGCUGAAAGCAAGUAGAAGGAAGACAAUAUUUUUAAAUACAUUGUGAGGAGAUGUCACCAGCAAAGAUGCCUUUGGCACUAAUCUUUUGCAUUGCAGAGUGCUUUGUGUUUUUACUCUCUAAUACUCAGUGAAAGGCAAACACUUUCCUUUUCUAAUCUCUAGCAACAACAUGCGACAAGGAUUACUGUGUGACCUUAUGUAACAGAUUUGUGUUAAACUUUGGUGGUAGGAGAGAUGAGCGAAUCUCCACUUUUAUGCACGGAAAUGAACUCAAAGGCCUCUUGGACUUAACACUUAACCAAUGGAAUGAACUUUUAUGAGAGACUGGAGAAGAACGGGGGCAACAACAUUAAGUGCAUGGUGGGAUUACCGCUGGAUUGGAAUUGAUAGCGCUACAUUUAAACACUGGUCAAACUUGCCACAUGUAGCAAUGUACACUAUUUGUCAUAUCAGUAAAAACAGACUAAAAGCUAAGGUGAAGACAAUAUGGCUGGAAAUGUACAUGCCAUACACCCUUUUCAAUGUCUAUCCAGGGAUUAUGACAUUGGUUAGAUUAUAUAUAGAGAUGCCAGUAAUGUAAAAAGCAAUGUCAAAGGAAUAAUUUGGGUUUCUUGCCACUCAUGUCCGUGUGGUAAAUAUGAUUCUUUAAUCUUUUCUAACAGUAACAAGCAGAGGUCAUUUCCAUCAAUGCUAAAUGGGCCACUUUUCUACAGGCCAGGCCAUUUACACCUAUCUCCAUCAUUUAUGCUUAGUGAAACUAGCUGGCUGUUGACCCCAGCUUCAUAUUUAAUGGACAAAAGUCAAUAUCAGAUUUUGCCCAAAGUUGAGCUUUUCCUUUAUGUGGGUUAGUUUGUUAUUGCAUCGUGUUUGUGAAUCGUUUCAGAGAUUUAGAAGAAAAGCUAAGCAUCAAUGAUUUGAGAACAAAGCUUUUUUGCAUAUCAAAGACAAUGCAGACAGAGGUGGGAUGGCGGGUCUUGGUUGCUGUUAGUAUGUCUCACAAUAGAUCAAGGAAUAAUAGAAAACCGUGACUCAUUUUGGAGUCCAUUACCAUGGCAAUGCAAUGACACAAAAAUAUCUUCUGUGUACAUGUACGUGACCUCCUUCAAUUCAAUGAGAAGGUGUGUCCAAACUUUUGACUGGUAGCGUAUCAAUACAUCAUGUUUAUCAAGUCACAAGAAAUUGUCUCAAGGAGCUGUGUUGCAAAAGUAAAUUUGAGUUAUCAGAUGAGUGUCUGAUUUUAUUUAGUUUUCCUUUUUUUAAAUCACCAGUGUUGUAUUUGCGUCAUUUGAGUAUCUCUUUUUUUGUGGUCUGUGCCUCUCUGCUCUGUAGUAGGAUUCAUUCUCCUCUGAACAAUGUAUAUAAGUGCUCACUGUACAUGACUAUUUUGAUGAAAAUAAAGGAGAAACCCAAUAAUUA